AUGAACAAAUACGUGCUGACGUUUAUUGGCCAUGGCCACGAGGUGCCAGCUUUGGACACUUACUUAUUAAAAUUUAUUGCUAGAAACCCUGAUGUGAAGUUCACCAACUGGAAACAAUCGAGUGAUCACAGUGUCGAUCAAUACUUUACCAGUGACGAGGACGAGUUGAACCAAUCCAAUGUGGUGGAGUAUGACGGUGUCGAUGUCGUGUUGCAAUGCGAUGACGAGUACAGACGCAAGAGACUGUGUGUGUUUGAUAUGGACUCGACGUUGAUUUAUCAGGAGGUCAUUGAAUUGAUUGCUGCUUAUGCUGGUGUCGAGAGGGAAGUGAAACAGAUCACUGAUCGUGCAAUGAAUGGUGAACUGGAUUUCAAGCAAAGUCUCUCCCAACGCGUGGAGUUAUUGAGAGGGUUGCCAAUUGAGAAAUUGUAUGCAGAGAUUAAACCGAAAUUAUUGAUGACAAAGGGAGUUCCUGAACUUUGUAAAGUAUUAAGACAUGAUGGUGUAAGACUUGCUGUACUAAGUGGUGGGUUCGUUCCAUUUGCUCAAUACAUCCAAGAACAACUCGGUAUGGACUACUUCAGAGCUAAUCAAUUGGAGACCGAUCCAGAGACAGGCAAAUUGACAGGGAAGGUCCUUGGAGAGAUUGUCGAUGGAGAUGUGAAAGCCACUACAUUAGUUGAAUUAGGUCGUAAAUAUGACGUUCCAAUUGACGCCGUGAUGAUGGUUGGGGAUGGUGCUAAUGACUUGGCCGCUAUGGGAGUCGCAGGGUUCGGUAUUGCCUGGAACGCCAAACCAAAAGUACAACAAUUAGCUCCUGGAAGAUUGAACAGUUCCACUUUGCUUGAUUUGUUGUUUAUUAUGGGCUACACCCAGACAGAAAUUGAUCAAAAAUUAUAA